AUGUCUUCUACACAUGAAUUCCAUCCAAAAUCGGCAACAAAUGCCCACAGGGGAAAUUUGGGAUUGACUGUUCCUCAAGGUGCAACUGUGAGCCCGAAAACAUAUGUGAGCCAACGAAUGGAAACUGCAUGGGAAAAAACCGAUGCAGGCGUCGAUACUACGGUCCUGGCUGCCAGGGCGUUAAUUCCAGUUAGGUCGCACACGAAACCGACCAAUGCAACGCAAUACACAUAUCACUUUGCCCCGAAAGACCAAGAUUCAAAGUACGUGUUCAGUGUUCGCGCAGACUUUCGUGUGCCAUUUCCACCUGACUAUUACACGGAAACUGGCAUACCUAGCCCCGUGACAAACCCAAUUUCCGCUCAGUGCUUGAGUCUGCCUGGAUUUUAUCUGAAUGUUUCGGGCUACACGGCUACAGCUCUUUGGAGGUUGCACCCAAAUCCUCACGUACGUACGGUGGAGGUAAUUUAUACACCGAUUUCGGUUGGAGACUGCGCAAAUUUAUCCACAGCCGAAUUGAACGCACAGACACAUACUUGCAAGGCACCGAUUGAUCAGCUGAAAUGCACUGUCGUUCUUAACCCUUGGGUGCAGUAUUCAGUAAAAUCAUUUGGUGUGACAGCAAAGCGCGGAGAAACCGUCCAUUUGUCGCGCGUCAUCACUACCGAAGAAGACGUGCCGCUUGGUGCUCCACAGAACCUAAAUUUGAUUGGUGACCCAAGUGCUACAGAUGCAGUUGUAAGAUGGGACCCUCCUCCUUGCACAGCGCGUAGAGGUUCACUGAAGAACUGGGUUGUUCAAAUUCGGCCGGAUACCAACGUGGUCCUAGAACCAACAGAUAUGCUUAUCUCAUCCCCUCCCUUGCGUAUUUCCAAACUACUGCCUGAUACCAAUUACGUUGUACGGGUGGCAUUUAGGAAUUCCAUGGGUAUUGGUCCAUUCUCAGAGUUGGCGUUUGAUACGAAAGCACAAGGUUUUCCAAAAGACGUCCUUGUAACCGAUAUCAAGCACGACUCAUGCCUGGUUACGUGGCUGCCACCGGAAACCAAAAAUGGAAACGGUGCUCUUUCUGGAUUCGAAGUUCAACAUUGGCCAAUAAAUUUGACUAUAACUCGGAUAGCAAGUCCACUGAUACCACCAGACCAGACGAGCUAUUCUAUCAACAAUUUGGAGGCGGAUACGGCUUAUGGCGUGCAGGUCUUCAGUAUCUUUGGAACUCGUCGUGUGUCGUCGAAUAUUCUCUCUUUUGAAACGCUACCACUAUCAGUCGCACGGAGCGGCAUAACGCUUCAGCUCAUCGGCCGUUCUUCAUCGACCAUUCGCAUAGCUUGUGGCGUACAAGGUGUUUCACUAUCUCCGGGUCAGCAAUUUAUGAUAUCAGUUUCGCGCCUUCAAACACUACUUCCGAUCGUGUCGUACUUCAGAGGCAAAAAUAUUUCGCUUUCAAGCAAUCAGUCAAUGAUACAUUCGUUUUCACAGCUACCAGCCGCCUCACAGUAUCAGAUAUCACUGUCUAUUGUGGACCCAAAUGGUUCAGACAAACUUGCCACUCUCACUGUUUGGACCAAGCCGGAGACGUUUGCCACAUCAUCUAAUCUGAAAUUCGGAGAAUUUACUUGGGAAGCCGAGAGUUCCCAUUCUGUGACGGUCAAAUUUCCAACCGUCAUUGGUUACACUGGAGGUCCAUUGAAUGGUUUCUACAUUGUGCUAACAAAAAUUCCGAGGCUAACGGGUGAACACCAGAUUGAGAACCUUAAGGGAAAAUCAUCAGCAUUCAUCUCUAGGGAUUCGUCUACUCAGGUUGCGUUUUACUCACGUGAUAUGCCUGCUAAACCAAUCGUCAUCGGCACCGGGAAGCCGGUAGCCAGCCCAGGCCGGCCGUCUGUGCUUUCCGGGUAUAGGCUAUCGAAUGAUCCGCUGGAACCGAACACCUCUUACGGCAUUUACGCAGUAACCGAAAGCUACGUGGACGAUGUCUCAGAGGAUGUGGUGUCAGGCUUCCUGGUGCUGCAUACAGAAUUGGUUACGAAGGCGUUCAGUUCAUCCAAGCGCGUGCAUAAAAUCGACAAGACUGUUUUGGGCGUCAGUCUAUCCAUUUUACUGUUUAUGUUGGCCGUUCUACUGCUUGGCACGGUUACCUACUGUGUGUGCUCUCGAAACGGAUUGGGCGAGCGGGGGUCAUACUUAACAAGCAAGAGCCCUUACGCACAAACGUCUGCUAGAACAAACACUUUUGCGGACGAAUAUGAUCGUCUGCUUCCCAAAUCCUACGCUUGGUGGAGUGUUCCGGUGGACGUUCGUGAACCCCGUUAUCUCAUUAUCGAUCCCGAGAAGGGACCGUCAAGCACACUUGUUGGAACAUGGUCAAAAAAGGAAUUGUCCGAUACGUUUGUGCGCGAGUACGCCAGUAUCCCUUUGGGUCUCAAAUACCCGCACAAAGCCGGCGAAAUGAGAGCAAACAAACCGAAAAAUCGCAUCCAGUCCGUAUUACCGUACGACCACAACCGUGUUGCCCUGAAGCGUUCACCCGAUUCCGGUGACUCAGACUAUAUAAACGCGAGCUUCGUGGAUGGCUAUAUGCGUCGUCGAGCCUAUAUAGCUUCCCAGAGUCCCUUCGAUACUCCGACAGCCUGCGACUUUUGGCUGAUGGUAUUUCAACGCAAUGUAUCUCAGAUUGUCAUGUUAACCAAUUUGGUUGAAGACGGAACACUCAAGUGUUGCCAGUACUGGCCUGAUAUUUCGCUGCGCACAACACUAUCCCGAAAUUUGGAGCAAAAGGAAGACUCAGCAAAGGACUGUAUCCAGUAUUUUGGUAACCUGAUUGUUCAGGCAGUGGAUCUCAUCGCCUAUGCGCAUUUCACCAUCCGGCAUUUCCUCAUCACAGACAGCACCACGCGUGUCUCACAGCGCGUCGUUCAGUAUCAUUUUCAAAGUUGGGGAGCACCGCCAGACAAUAAGGGUUACACAAAUGCUGACGGUAGCAGCAGCAACCUUCCAAAGGAAUGCGAAUUAGGCAAUACAAACGUGUCUUGCUUUGUUGAUGAUGACCCAACUGGAACAGCUGCAGAUUUAUUUUCACACAAUACAUCUUCCACUUCGGUGGUGCAAUUCGAUAUGCUGGCAUUCAUUGAGUUCUACUAUCGAGUGAAGACAGCAAGUCGUCCGGAGGACGGCCCUGUCGUAGUUCAUUGUGGCACAGGAUUUUCACGCACUGGGCUUUAUAUGGCUUUUGACGUGCUGCUUCAACAAGCAACCCAUGAACAAGUGGUCAGCGCUGCUCGGCAAUGCGCCACUUUGACAAAGGCUCGGGCUAAUAUGUUUCGCUCUGCGCAGUACUACAUGCUCCUGUAUGAUAUGCUGUUCGAGGCGCUAAUUGCUGGACACAACAUUGUCAAUUUGGAUGUGCUGAGUACAUACCGCACGCUGAAUCAUAAGAACGGUAAGCUUGGUCGAUCGUUCCUGUGGGAGCAGUGGUCCGUGUUGCACCUAUUUUCUCCGCCUCCCGACCCCGACAAGGACUUGAGGGUGGCGUUAGCAGCAUCAAACGCUCGACGAAAUCGUUAUGGACGAGAGAUAGAUUUGUUGCCUGCUGAACGCUGGCGCCCACACCUUCGACCACAUGCAGGUGCGCCCGACUGGACUGAUUACAUCAAUGCUGUAUUUCUUGACGGUACGAACCUCAGAGACGAUUUAAUUUUGACCCAGACGCCACUGGCCACGACGGUGGAUGACUUCUGGUCUCUCGUUGACGAAGAAAAGAUUUCUUGUAUUGUGGAUAUGGAGCCGUUCGGUUACGGCACCAAGGGUGCAGUUCGGUAUUGGCCUCUCCGAGCAGGCGAAAUAAACUCUGAACCACUUUUUGAGGGCUCUUCAGAUGAAGAGAGAAUGCGGUCUGAUACUCAGUCGGACGCUGAAGAUGCAGCUGCAACACGCAGUCCGUGGUGUCCGAUGGUUCAUGGUUACCUUGAAGUGUGCCAAGUUGGGUCGCUUACGCCGGUAAUUUUGGGCCAUUCGGGUCGUAAACUUAGCACUUCACAUCACGGGAUCUACCGACGCCGUCUUCUGGUACGUUGUGUGGAGCAUCGCAACAAGUCGAAUUAUUUGGAUUUCCAUGAACGCUGCAGGCGACGUGAGGUACUCAUCUUUCAUUUUGUGGGAGACUGGAACACAACUACACAAAUUCCCGAAUCCCGAGCUGCUAUAGUUAGACUGCUUGAGGCAAUUCGGUUGGAACGAGGCACUGGACCGUUACUUAUCCAUUGCUUGGAUGGCGCUACUCGGAGUGGUCUUCUGGCCGUUUGUCACUUGCUUGCCGAACGCAUGACGCGAGACCACUAUGUGGAUUUGUUCCAUGUGAUCAAGUCAGUGAAGAUCCGGCGUCGAGCUGUUCUUGCCUCACAGGAUCAGCUGCGAUAUGUGUACCGUCUGUUGGCCCAAUGGGUCAAACAAACACUAUCUGAACCUCUAGCUGCCUGGACAGCUAAACAUUUGGGCGACAUGGGAGACAUUCCAGACAAGUGUGAAUGGCCACAAUUGCUUGGUCAUUUGCCCUCAUACGUGAGAGCCGGAAUAUUCGCUACCUCUCAGCUCCCUGCCUUGGUGGCAGACCACUCCACCUUGACAUUGCGAUCAGAGGAAGGGGUCACAACGGCUAACGUUAACAACAGUGUUACGGACGGUGGACCAAAUGAACACGUCGCAUGUUCAUUGUACCAUUACUUCCAUGACGAACUGCUCAACCAACGGUGCACACGAAGUCUGCACUGGAGUUGCGAUACACGACAGACGGCAGAUUUGAGUGAGGUUAAUAGCUGGUCUAUGGGAAGUUUGAACAAGCUUCGUGCAUAAAUUGUACACAUUUGGGACCUAUACAACCGAACCUGUCCAGUUCCCUUUCAUUCUGAAUUUCGUUUUUUUUGCGAAACAGAUUGUUUUCCACUUUUCCUGUUCCCGUGUAAUAAGAUCUAACGAUAUAAAUGUAUUAUCAAUAGUUCAGAACCCUGUGCAACCGGUUCGCUACCAUCCAGUGUUCCCUUUACGAUCUUCCAGUUAUCCAUUCUCUUACUGCAUAGCAGGUAAACCGGCUAUCUAGCAUAGCCAUUUGCUUUCUAUUCCGGUCUUCCAAUCAUAUUCACCUAUUUUAUGUUUCUCUUUGUUUAGUCGUUCCUCUUAUCAUACCCCCUGACCGCGGAGUCUAUCUAGGUUAGCAGUACUCUAACCACUCUCUGGAUAAAUUUGUUUUACACAAGGAG